AUGCUCAAGAACACCCGUAACAUCGACCUUGUUGGUAUGAAGAAGAUCGAAAACAGGAGUUGUCCCCUUCCUGAUGAAGUGCUCGUAAAGAUCAUAUCUUAUCUCCCGGCGAAGGCCUUCUUCAAGUUCCUCCCUGUUUGCAAGACCAUCUACCACCUCUCGUCAGAUUCUCAUUUUCUCCUUUCUCAGUCAUACUAUAACAAGGCCAUCUCCGGAUUUUUCAUACAUAGUGACAACAUUUUGAGAUCCUUCAUCCUCAUUGACUCCUACGCCGGUGUGCCUAGGAGCAACCUCGAAUUCCUAAGCGACAGCGGCGCCAAAAUCCUCGGGUCAGCUGGUGGCCUCGUCUUUGUCUUGCUCAACAAAAAUGGAUGGUUCGAUGCUUCCACAAGUGGCAUAUGUGUCUACAACCCGGCCCGUGGGACUCGAUGUUGGCUCCCUUCCCCGCCGGGUAAGUGUAUCCGGGGGGGCAUCGCGGUGAGAUUCAUGAACGAUGGAGAUGUGAUGGCGAAAGACUACAAGUUGGUCUACGUCACACGAACCCGGGGAAGGAGCUCGUUGCACCACUGUCGGGUCUACGACUCAGUUGCUAGGGCGUGGACGAUGGAUAAGGAGCUCGAUUUUGGGCGGAGGGAACUGGAGUUGGAGUACCCGGUGGUUUGCGGUGACACCGUGUUCUGGCUAUCAUCAGAAUUGGAAUCGUACACGAGGAUUGACCCAUACGUCGUCACCUUCGAUGUGAGAGAGGAGUGCACACAAAUCAUCCCUCUGCCGAAAGAAGCAAUCCUCAACUUCUUUGACGCUCUCGGAAUAGCCGAGUGGGAAGGGAAGUCAUUGUGCGUGAUCCAUUACAGCACAUCUUAUUGGGUGUUCGGUCUGUGGCUGUUGAAGAAGACAAGCGGCAGUGCGGUAGGAUGGGUGAAGGUGCGUGAGAUAAGCUUGGCCGAGAUGGGGUUUACGGGAGAACCAUCUUUUGUGAGCUACGUCGAUCUGAUCGAGGUGGCGACGACCACGCUACUUGUUUUCACCAUAUAUGGCAAGGUGUACAGUUACAGUAUAAAGGAUGGAGAAGUACUAAAGAAGCUGGCAUCGCUGCCCGUCUCUUAUUUCCCCAAGCUGAUCCCUUACUCUAAUACACUUCGUCCAUGCGGUGAGCAAGAAGAAUUGUUGGAAGCAAUCUGA